ACCUCAAUAUUGUUAUGUCUCGAAUCUCGAUUGAAAAAAACACAUUUAGUAAACACUAAUUUGCCUAGGCUAAUUGUGGAUGAUAUUUUGUAAUUUAAUUUAAUUACGAUUCUGUCCUUUUUUUAUUAUUAUUAUUUUUUAUUUCGUCGUUAGCAAAUUUCGUUAAUAUGUUGAACUCAAACGCUUACGACGAGAUCAUUAGUUAAGUGGUAAAAUAGAACAGCAUAAGAAAUUGAUGUCAACAUGGACAUUCCACAACCUCCUGAAGAUCAUGAACUACAUACAAUCAUUGACAAAUUAGCUGUGUUUGUAGCACGGAAUGGACCUGAUUUCGAACAGAUGACCCAGACCAAACAAAAAGAAAAUCCUAAGUUUGAAUUUCUAUUUGGUGGUCGAUACUUUGAAUACUAUCGUUAUAAAGUUACCACGGAACAAGCAAUAUUAAAACAAAAUAGUGUACGAGAAAUGGCUCAAGCGGCAAUUGCCAAUAAUACAGUUAGUACACAACAGUUGAAUAUGGCUGCUUCUGCUGCACAAUGGUUGAACCUCAAUCAACAAAACGACUGUCAUACACCAAAUAUGACUCUAGAAUCGUUAAAUGCACAACAAGCAAGUAUACAACAACAAAUUGCUCAAGCAGAGCAGAACUUCAAUGCUCAACUAAUGAUGUUGGCCCAACAACAACAAGUCGCUACAGAUAAUAAAAUAAUAUCGGAACAACGAGAAUGGAUUAACUCAGAAGCAGCUAACAAUGAUCUGUCUCUGGUUGAGCUGUCGUCGGUGCUUGGGCCAGUAAUUAAAGCGUGUACUAAGGAAGCAAUAGCCAAUGGGAAAUCAUGGAUUUUAAAACAGACUGGUAGUCAACGAAAAGUUGACGUCAUUACCCAGUACUUGCUAAUGGAAGCGACUGAUCCUGAAGCCGAGUUUGCCAAACAAUUGCAUCUUAUAUAUUUAAUAAAUGAUACAGUUCACCAUUGUCUUCGUAAAUCAGAAAAACUUCUAAAAACUGCAUUAGAAUCCAUUAUUGUGCCAAUGUUUUGUUCAGCAAUGACGAGAGCCAACGAGGAACAAAAAUCAAAACUAAAUAAACUGUUUAGCUUAUGGGAAACUAAAAAUCAUUAUUUUCCUGAAAACGUAAUGGAGUGUUUAAAGAACCCCGAACAGUCAAUGGCUGAGUACAAAAAUAAUCUGUUGGACACUCAUAGAGAAGCUGUAAACCAGCUUAAUAUGAUGAUGAACAGUACAUUACAAAAUUAUCGCAGUCAACACCAGGCUUUUUUGGCACAUUGUAACAAUCAAUUGCAGAGUAUAGAAAACCAAAAACGUUCACUAGAACAACAAAAACAAAGGGUAACUCCUCUUUCGAUUCCUACUGCUCAAGACGAUGGAAAUCGACAGCACUUUAAUGAGGGCCGGCUGCCCUCACCUCCAAUGUAUCAGAACAAUGUACCGUCCACAGGCUAUAUGCAAGGAGAUCAACGAAAUUUUCCUCAUCAAAUAGAUAACGGAUACCAACAAGAUGAUCAUUACAGACAGCCACAAAUGCCAAAUUGUCUGCAACAACCUCCCAUGUACAAUAGACCUCCACCUCCAUUUAAUCAGCCUCCUCCUAACAUACAUUUACAACCUCCACCAUCAAUGGAACUGCCCGAUUUAAGUCGACCUCCUCCGAAUUUCAUGCAAAAUAAUUUCUCCAUGCCUCCGGUUCAACCAGAAGUGGCACCCGAUGAUUUAGUUCCAUCAUUGCCAUACUAUGAACUUCCAGCUGGUCUAAUGGUGCCCUUAGUGAAAUUGGAAGACAGUAAAUACAAACCUCUUGACCCAGAAACUAUUCGACUACCUCCACCAGCUCCUCCGACGGAACGCCUUUUAGAAGCAGUUAAAGCGUUUUAUAUGCCUCCUGGACAUUUUGCUCCACGCGAUAGUGAUGGCUGGGAAAAACUUGGUCUUUAUGAAUAUUACAAAGCCAAAAACAUAGCGAAAAAACAAAAAGAAGAUGAUAUUGCAAAUAAUAUUAGAGAAAAGUCAAAAUCUCCAUCUCCAGUUACAUUAAAUGCUGUUAAAGAUAAAUCGCCAGUACGAAAAAAGCGUUACAGAAGUCGAAGCCGUAGUCCCAAACCUCGUAGUCCAGCAAGGCGCUUAUCGAGUAAAAAGAGUCCACCGCCUACUCCAAAUCGUAAUCGGCGGAGACGAUCACCAUCUAAAUCGCCUACUCCAUCUCCUCCAAACACUCAAAGAAGCCCAACGCCGCCUUCAUUUGGUACUGGCUUUGGUAAAACAACACAAGAGCGGCUAGACGAGUCUAAUAAGGGUCAUCAGCUACUAAAAAAAAUGGGUUGGGGUGGUGCUGGUCUUGGUUCAAAGGAGCAAGGCAUUGACACACCAAUUAGCGGAGGGGACAUCCGAGAUAGGACCGAUCAAUAUAAGGGUGUGGGCAUCAGUUUGAACGACCCGUACGAGAACUUCAGAAAAAAUAAAGGCAAGGCGUUCAUACACAGGAUGCGCACAAGGGCUGAAGAACGAAUGGAAGGCAAUGCGUAGGUGAACAAUAUUUUGUGUUGUGUGGUUAGUACUAUUUUGGCUCACCUCUAAGCCGCAGAGGUGUGGCCACACGCGAUGCGUUGCAAAUAUAUAUAAAUAUUAUAUAUAUUUUUUAGUCUUUAUUAUUAUUGUAGCUACGGACGAAAUACACCGUAAAGAACAACGUUCAGAAAUUAACUACUACUUUGUGAAUAUAUUUAUUUAUUAAGCCAAAUAUUUAUGUAACAAUAUAUAAAAAAAAAUUUAGUAUAUUUAAGAAAGUAAGAAGUUCAUAUGGAUUACUUAUUGCUGCAAGACUCGUCAGAACCCAAGUUCAAGCAUACAUUUAACUAUAAUAAGAUAUGUUUCCUUUGAUAUAACUUUGUUUUCUAUUUUAAAAUAUAAAUGCCAAUAUCUUUGUAUAAUAAUGUAUUAGUAUGUUAUUUUGUUUUUAACCCCUAUUUUCUUAGUUGAAUUUAUAUAAAAAAUUCAAAUUGAAACCAAGCAAAAUUACAAUUUAAAAUAAAAUAAUUGUAUGUACAUGUAGCAUUGUUCAGGUUUUUCAUAAUAUAUAAUAUUAGGAU